GGUACUAAAUAAGGUUGUCCCUCAAAAAUGGUACUGAGAGUCUGUGAGAUUCAGAGUGGAAGCUGCCAUUAACUUGUACGAACUGCCCGCCCAAACACAUCCUUAAACUCAAAUUUCAAAAUCCGGAAGCACUGUUUUGUUCUGUUACUCUGUUCCACCGUCUGGGUCCUUGUAUAUAUAACCUCGUCCCGAUGGUCGAAACUCUGCGGAUGAACAGGCCUACCGACCACAAAUCUGAAUUCAGAACCCGCUCCAAACAAACCAGAUAAAUCUCAUCGGCAUCCUCGAUUCCAUGGCCAAUUCUGAUUCAUCUCCUCCUCUCCCUCGUGCCAAUCCACUCUCCUCCAAGAAGGAGAAUAUUACUCCGAUUGGCUCAAAGAUCGCGGAAUUAAAUGAAUCAAGGGCUGAGCUGCUUGAUAGAAUUCAAGGUUUGAAACAGGAUUUGCAAAAUUGGAGAUCAAAGUUAGACACUCAAGUUAAGGUCUAUUGCGAUGAGCUUUCAGAUCUCAAGAAAUCACUAAAUGUUGAAGUAGAGCAACUUCGAUUGGAAUUUCAAGAACUGAGGACCGCUCUCCAGCAGCAGCAACAACAGGAUGUUACUUCCAGCCUAAGAAACUUGGGGCUGCAGGAUGUCACAAGGGAUGCUAAAAAUGCCCAGGCUCAAGAUUGCAGGGUUGAGGGAAGUGACAAGGAAGGACAUGUUUUGCCUAAGGAGGAAGACAAUAAUGAUAAAGAAAGUGAAAGCUAGAUGACUUAAUUCGGGAAUGUGUAUGCCUUUUUGGGUUUUGCACCAAAAGGAGAUGGGCAUUAUUCCGUGAAUCUGUACCAAUGUUGUUUAAAGAGAAACCUAAAUACGGAAAAUGAUAUUUGCAGGGUACACGAAAA